CCCGGCUCUUCCAUCCGGAAACGUGCUGGCGGUCUAGUCUGUUGUCCUGUCCUCCUGGGAGACUGGCUGCAAUUGCGGCAAGCCGGCUGUUUAGUUGUGCUGUGAGCCACAGCUUCGGGUCAUGGAGGGGGACGGCCCCGCCGCCACCGCCCCGCAGUACCAGCCAGCCUGCCCCACGCGGGACGCGUGUGUCUACAGCAGCUGCUAUUGUGAGGAAAACAUUUGGAAGCUCUGUGAAUACAUCAAAACACACAACCAGUAUCCGCUGGAGGAAUGCUACGCUGUCUUCAUAUCAAAUGAGAAGAAGAUGGUACCUAUUUGGAAACAGCAGGCAAGAACUGAGAACGGACCUGUGAUCUGGGAUUAUCAUGUCGUUCUGCUUCAUGUGUCAAGGGAAGGACAGAGCUUCAUAUAUGAUCUUGAUACUAUUUUGCCAUUUCCCUGCCCUUUCGACAUUUACAUAGAAGAUGCCCUUAAGUCUGAUGAUGACAUUCAUCCACAGUUUAGGAGGAAAUUUAGAGUGGUUCGUGCUGACUCCUACUUGAAGAACUUCGCUUCUGACCGGUCUCACAUGAAAGACUCCAGUGGGAACUGGAGGGAGCCUCCUCCAGAAUACCCCUGCAUUGAAACUGGAGACUCCAAAAUGAACCUGAAUGACUUCAUCAGCAUGGACCCUGCAGUAGGAUGGGGAGCUGUCUACACGCUGCCCGAGUUUGUGCAUCGGUUCAGCAGCAAAACCUACUGAGCCUGAUACUAGGCAUGCGACUAGAGAAGCUCUAGGGUCUGAAUGAACCAUCCUUCCGUUUAAGAGAGCAGCGGGGUACAGGUGGCCUAGGGGUAUAUAGUUCUCAUUAAAUUUGAGUGGAAAUAUUAGUGAACACAGAUAAAAAUGAAUGAAUAAGCCUCCACCCCCUUUUUUUUAGCCUGGGGAUCUACCCCAGAGUUCUAUCUCCAAGCCUAAUCAGUCAGUCCCCAGCCUCAGAUAUGCCACAUCUGGUGUGUGGUUGCUAAACUGUUCCCAUGGGUUGCUUACUUCAGUGUGUGAUGCUGUAGGCCAGCAGUUGCUUCUAUAAAACUUGAAGUGUGGACUUGGAGGCAGCUCCUUCUGUCUGCUCCCUCUGCUUCCUGUCUGCCUGGACUCUACACUCUCUGAGCGCAGGGUUGUGGCCUGUGGCUCUAAGACUCUGUUGCCCAUUAGAGGUCCCGGUAAAAUGUUUCUAAAGACAGCUCUGCUGCUUGGUAAGAGACAGUAUUGUGAGCUGAAUCAGCUGUAAGUAUUAGUCUUUUUGGACUACGAUGUUUAAAAAAAUUGCAGGUAUCUGUCUUGUCUGAGUGUUAUUUGGCCCAUUUAUAUAUGUAGUUUUAAAUAAAAUUGACUUAAAAUUAA